GAUGUUUCUACCUCUUUAUAACUUGCCAUAAGAAUGUGCCUAUUAUAACCACCUGUGCUUAGAAUUUUAACAAAUUUAACAUUUUAUACAAACUUACAGCAUGGGCUACUGUUAAAAACCAUUGGUACUGCAUGAGUCUUGCUUAUCUCACAAAAUUCACUCAUGGCUUAGGGGUAUUUGAAUGGAAACAGCAUAACUUAUUGUAUUUAUUUAAAAAUUGAAAACAACCUGAAAUUAAACUCAAAAUAAACUGAUUAAUUUACCAGAUAAGACGAAUACUUAUUGUGGAUUUAAAUCUGCAUAUAUUAAAAAGUCUAAUCUCAGAUAUUAUCAAUUUUUUAAGCUUGUUGCAUGACAGAUAACCCAUGAGAUGGUUAAAUACAAACAAAUAUCACCGGAUAUGAUAUAUGUCUGCGAAGUGCAUAAAUUGAACCUGCGGUCUUCCCGUAAUUUUUAGGCCUUGUCAAGAUUGCGUGCCACUUUUCCUUCGUUCCCCUCCGACGCCGGUUGAUUGUGCUAUGACAAGUCUUUACCGUGCAGGGCACUGAAAUGAUGUGGAACAUAAAAAUUAGGAUGUUAUUGAUAGCACUGUUGAUAAAUUGGGAAUUUGUAAAAUGGACAAUAGCCCAUCUUAACAAAAACGAUAUAACUUUAGACACUGACCGAGCCAGUGAGUCUCUCAAAGCCAAGCAGCCUCCGGUAGAUGUGGAAAGAUUGCGAUUGAGAGUCGACGAUGCAUAUGAGGAAUGUAAACGAUAUCGCAACGCUUCAGCGUCUUCAGGUGACCCGAACAAAGACUCAAUGCCAAAAUCCACGUUCCACUGCCAUGCAUGUUGGCCGGAACACAGUUUGGAUGAAAAAUUAAGGAACGAAGACUCAAGCCAAAGUGGAUUGAAUCCCCCGCAAAACGACGAAUCUGAGGAUCUUCUCAAUGAGCCUGUGACCUGGAGGUAUUUGAAAAGUCAUCUGAGCAAUUUGGAUCGAGUCGUGGUGUCUGAUGUCUACCAGCCAGUGUUUAACUGUAGUAAGGAUAUCCUUUGGAUCAAGUUUGCCAUGACCCGACACUCGAAUCCACGCCUGAUUGUCAAUUCAGAACAGAAUGCUUCACCCUCCCAAAAGCAGUGUCGGUGCAUCAAAAAGAAUCAAGGCCCCUCAAUGCUGUUAAGGAUCUAUUUCAAAGGCUGCUAUGCUCAAAACUGGACUCGGGGCAAAAGGACGUACUACUCUGUGAGAGUACUUUAUUUUGAUCGUCUUCUAAUGAGGAAUUUCUUUGGCACUGCUACCUGUCAUGCCAUCUUGCCAUAUGAAAUACUUUCUGCAGAACAAUCACCUGAAGUUAUUUGUGGAAAGUUAUCUGUGAUUGUAAAAUUACCAAGCAAAAAGGUUGAAGAUGUUAAAGUUUUGGGUUCUGAGACUGAUUCUCUACUUUGGGAAUUUGAAGACAUACCCACUGCUCAAUAUGAGGCGUUUGAAGUAGCUCCAAAAACCACCCCGAAGUCACCUCAAUUAUCAAGCAUGCCUGCAUACAUAGACCCUACUAUGAGUACAAGCUCUAUUUCCUUCAAGCCAUCUGAUUUAACUCUUGGUGUAACCCAGAAAGCUGAAGAAUCAAGUGCUGCUACAAAGCCAGGCAGAAUCACCAAAAUUGCAACUUCUGCUGUUGAUGCCGAUGUCGAGUUAGAUUUUGGUUUUUGGGAUUUGGAUGUCAUACCCACUGUUCCAUUUGAGGAAUUUUCAAGCACCCCUUCAAGUCCAGACUAUACUAUACAAACAAACACUGUUACCUUCUGGCCCCCCGAUGUACUUGGUACCACCAAAACAUCAAGUGAUGUUGCAAAACCAAGCACUGAAACUGCAACUGCUACUACUGAUGUGCAGUCUGAGACAGAUUAUGGUCUUUGGGGCUUUAGUGUUAUUCCAACUGUUACAACUGCUACUACACUGGAAUCCACUUUGGGAGAAACUACAAUGCUAGGUAGCAGUUUGCUUGAAACAACUACCCCAGCCACUAUUUAUGAAGAAACAAAUACCCUGGAACCCAUUUUGGCAGAAGCUACUAUGCUGGGCUGGUUUGAAAUUACUACCCCAGCCACUCCUUCUGCUGACACUGUACUAGACACUAGCACCACAUCUGACAAAACUACUACUACUUUAAAAGAAUAUACUAUGAUGGAAACUGCUACCACUUCAAGAGAAACCACUAUCAUGGAUACAACUCUGACAAAAAUAGCUACCCCAAGCCUCACAUCUGCAAUAAGUUUUCCAGUCACCGCUUCUAUAGGGACUACUGCCUUAGCUACCACUUCAGUAGAAACAACUUCCCCACUCAGCUCUUUUAUAGAAUCCUUUACCCCUAUCACCACUUCUGCUAAAACGGCUCCUUCCAUAGGCACCACAUCUCUAGAAAUUACUAGAACAGGUACCACCUCAGCUAAAAUGCCUGCAGUGUACACCUCUUCAUUAGAAACUACUACAAUGGGCACCACUUCAGAAGAAAUUACUACCGUCGACACCACUUUUUCAAAACCUAUAUCAUCAGACUUCGUUUCUUCCAAGACUAGUACCCCUGAUACCCCAGGACCCACGUUUGUAGUAGCAACUUUACCAGGCAACACUUCUGUAGAGACUACUGCUUGGGAAACCACUUCAGUAGAAACUACUUUUCCCCACUUGACUUUUGUAGAAACUACUACCCAUGGCACCAACUUUGCCGAGACAACUGCUUACCUAGGCACCACUAUAGAAACCACUACAACAGGCGCAACUUUUGCUGAAACUAGUGAUCUGCACACGACUUCAGUAGAAGCCACUUCCCCAGUCACCACUUCUUCACAGUCUAUUACCCAUCACACAGAGUCUGCUGACACAGCUGCUUCCCCCUGCACAGCUUUUGUAAAAUCUACUACCCCAGGCACCACCUCUGUCAAAACAAUUGCUGAACUAAGCACAACGCUUGUAGAAACUAAUAGAACAGGUCCCACAUCUGCUGAAACUACUGCUUUGCACAUAGAAACCACUUCAGUAGAAACCACUUCCCCAGUCACCACAUUUGUAGAAUCUACUACCCUUGCCACCAUGCUUGCCAAAACACCCGAGUCUGCAGGCACAACUUCUGUAGAAUCAACUACCUCUGGCGCCACCUCUGCCAAAACAAUUGCUGAACAAAACACCACUUUUGUAGAGACUACUAGAGCAGGCAGCACAUCUGCUGAAACUACUGCCUUGUACACAACUUUAAUAGAAACCACUUCCCCAAUCAACACUUCUGUACAAUCUACUUUCCAUGACAUGACACCUGCUGAAACCACUGCUUCCCUGGACACCACUUCUGUUGAAACUAGUGCCCAGCACACCACGUCCAUAGAAAACACUACAUUGGGAACCACAUUUGCAGAAUCUACUUCAUCGGGCAGGAUUUCUGCAAAAUCUACAUUGAGAACUACAUCUGCAGAAUCUACUAUGCUAGGCACAACCUCUGCUGCAACAACUGUCUUGCGUGGCACCACAUUUGUAAAAACUACUGAUUUCCUCGGCACCGCUUCUGUAGAAUCUACUACCGUCAGCACUACCCCUGAAGAAGCAACUGCUUCCAUAGGCAUCACUUCUAUUGAAAGUCCUGGAGCAGGCACCACUUCUGCUGAAACCAAUGCCCUUUACACCACUUUGGUAGAAUUCACUACAGUGGACACCACUUUAGCAGAAUCCACUUCAUCAGGCACUAUUUCUCCCAUAACAACCUUUGAAGCAACUUCUGCAGAAUCUACUAUGUCAGGCAUUACCUCUGCUGCAACCCCUGCCCUGUAUACCAGUUCAGUAGAAAAUACUUUUCCGGUCACCUCUUUUUUGCAAUUUACCACCGAUGGCACCACUCCUGCUGAAACAACUACUUCCCUAAACACCACUUCUUCUGUAGAAACUACUGACAUGUACACCUCAGUAGAAACUACUUCAAUUGAAAGCACUUUAGCAGAAUCAACUUCAGCAGGCACUAUUUCUCCUAAAGCCACCUUUGGAGCAACUUCUGCAGAAUCUACUAUGCCAGGCACAACCUCUGCUGCAACAACUGUCUUGCGUGGCACCACAUUUGCAAAAACAACUGAUUUCCUCGGCACAGCUUCUGUAGAAUCUACUACCCCAGGCAUCACCUCUCCCAAAACAAUUGUUGAACUAAGCAGCACUUUUGUAGAGACAACUACCUCUGGCACCACAUCUGCUGAAACAAUUGCUGAACUAAACACCACUUUCAUAGAGACCACUAGAACAGACACCACAUCUGCUGAAACUAGUGCCCUGUACACCACUUCAGUAGAGACUACUUUCCCAAUCACCACUUCUGUACAAUCUUCUACUGUCAGCACUACCCCUGCAGAAGCAACUACUUCCAUAGGCAUCACUUCUAACGAAAGUACUGGGGCAGGCACCACUUCUGCUGAAACUAAUGCCCUUUACACCACUUUAGUAGAAUUCACUAGAGUGGGCACCACUUUAGCAAAAUUUACUUCAUCAGACACCUUUGGAACCUCAUCUGCUGAAUCUAGUAUGUCAGGCACUACCUCUGCUGAAACAACUGCGCCUUACACUACUUCAGUAGAAACAACUUUUCCGGUCACCUCUUUUGUGCAAUUUACCUCCGAUGGCACCACUCCUGCUGAAACAACUGGUUCCCUAGCUACCACUUCUGUAGAAAGUACUGCCAUGUACACCACUUCAAUAGAAAAGACCACAGCCAAUGCAACUUUAACCGAAUCUACUUCAUCAGGCAAGAUUUCUGCCAGAACUGCAUUGGAAACUACUUCUGCAGAGUCUAGUGCAUCAAGUAAUACCUCAGCUGCAACAACUGCCUCGUACACCACUUCACUAGAAAUCACUUCACCAAUCACUACUUCUGUACAAUCUAAUACCGUCGGCGCUACUCCUGCAGAAGCAACUGCUUCCAAAGGCACCACUUCUGCUGAAACUACUGCCCUAUACAGCUCUUUAUUAGAAUCUACUAUGGUGAGCACCACUUUAGCAAAAUCUACUUCAUCUGGCACCUUUUCUGCCAAAACUACAUUUGGAGCCACUUCUGCAGAAUCUAGUAUGUCAGGCAGUUUCUCUGCUGCAACAACCGCCCCAUACACCACUUCUGUAGAAACUACUAUUCCAGUCACCACUUCUGUACAAUCUCCUAUCCAUGGUACCACCCCUGCUGAAACAACUGCUUACCUAGGCAGCACUUCUGUGGAAAGUACUGCCAUGUACACCUCUUCAGUAGAAACUACUACAGUUGGCAGCACUUUAGCAGAAUCAACUUCAUCAGGCACAACUUCUCCCAUAACAACCUUUGGAGCCACUUCUGCAGAAUCUACUAUGUCAGGCACUACUUCUGCUGCAACCCCUGCCUGGUAUACGAGUUCAGUAGAAAAUACUUUUCCGGUCACCUCUUUUGUGCAAUUUACCACCAAUGGCACCACUCCUGCUGAAGCAACUACUUUCCUAAACACCACUUCUUCUGUAGAAACUACUGACAUGUACACCUCCUCAGUAAAAACUACUUCAAUUGAAAGCACUUUAGCAGAAUCAACUUCAUCAGGCACUAUUUCUCCCAAAGCUACAUUGAGAACUACAUCUGCAGAAUCUACUAUGCUAGGCACAACCUCUGCUGCAACAACUGUCUUGCGUGGCACCACAUUUGUAAAAACUACUGAUUUCCUCGGCACCGCUUCUGUAGAAUCUACUACCGUCAGCACUACCCCUGAAGAAGCAACUGCUUCCAUAGGCAUCACUUCUAUUGAAAGUCCUGGAGCAGGCACCACUUCUGCUGAAACCAAUGCCCUUUACACCACUUUGGUAGAAUUCACUACAGUGGACACCACUUUAGCAGAAUCCACUUCAUCGGGCAGGAUUUCUGCAAAAUCUACAUUGAGAACUACAUCUGCAGAAUCUACUAUGCUAGGCACAACCUCUGCUGCAACAACUGUCUUGCGUGGCACCACAUUUGUAAAAACUACUGAUUUCCUCGGCACCGCUUCUGUAGAAUCUACUACCGUCAGCACUACCCCUGAAGAAGCAACUGCUUCCAUAGGCAUCACUUCUAUUGAAAGUCCUGGAGCAGGCACCACUUCUGCUGAAACCAAUGCCCUUUACACCACUUUGGUAGAAUUCACUACAGUGGACACCACUUUAGCAGAAUCCACUUCAUCGGGCAGGAUUUCUGCAAAAUCUACAUUGAGAACUACAUCUGCAGAAUCUACUAUGCUAGGCACAACCUCUGCUGCAACAACUGUCUUGCGUGGCACCACAUUUGUAAAAACUACUGAUUUCCUCGGCACCGCUUCUGUAGAAUCUACUACCGUCAGCACUACCCCUGAAGAAGCAACUGCUUCCAUAGGCAUCACUUCUAUUGAAAGUCCUGGAGCAGGCACCACUUCUGCUGAAACCAAUGCCCUUUACACCACUUUGGUAGAAUUCACUACAGUGGACACCACUUUAGCAGAAUCCACUUCAUCGGGCAGGAUUUCUGCAAAAUCUACAUUGAGAACUACAUCUGCAGAAUCUACUAUGCUAGGCACAACCUCUGCUGCAACAACUGUCUUGCGUGGCACCACAUUUGUAAAAACUACUGAUUUCCUCGGCACCGCUUCUGUAGAAUCUACUACCGUCAGCACUACCCCUGAAGAAGCAACUGCUUCCAUAGGCAUCACUUCUAUUGAAAGUCCUGGAGCAGGCACCACUUCUGCUGAAACCAAUGCCCUUUACACCACUUUGGUAGAAUUCACUACAGUGGACACCACUUUAGCAGAAUCCACUUCAUCGGGCAGGAUUUCUGCAAAAUCUACAUUGAGAACUACAUCUGCAGAAUCUACUAUGCUAGGCACAACCUCUGCUGCAACAACUGUCUUGCGUGGCACCACAUUUGUAAAAACUACUGAUUUCCUCGGCACCGCUUCUGUAGAAUCUACUACCGUCAGCACUACCCCUGAAGAAGCAACUGCUUCCAUAGGCAUCACUUCUAUUGAAAGUCCUGGAGCAGGCACCACUUCUGCUGAAACCAAUGCCCUUUACACCACUUUGGUAGAAUUCACUACAGUGGACACCACUUUAGCAGAAUCCACUUCAUCGGGCAGGAUUUCUGCAAAAUCUACAUUGAGAACUACAUCUGCAGAAUCUACUAUGCUAGGCACAACCUCUGCUGCAACAACUGUCUUGCGUGGCACCACAUUUGUAAAAACUACUGAUUUCCUCGGCACCGCUUCUGUAGAAUCUACUACCGUCAGCACUACCCCUGAAGAAGCAACUGCUUCCAUAGGCAUCACUUCUAUUGAAAGUCCUGGAGCAGGCACCACUUCUGCUGAAACCAAUGCCCUUUACACCACUUUGGUAGAAUUCACUACAGUGGACACCACUUUAGCAGAAUCCACUUCAUCGGGCAGGAUUUCUGCAAAAUCUACAUUGAGAACUACAUCUGCAGAAUCUACUAUGCUAGGCACAACCUCUGCUGCAACAACUGUCUUGCGUGGCACCACAUUUGUAAAAACUACUGAUUUCCUCGGCACCGCUUCUGUAGAAUCUACUACCGUCAGCACUACCCCUGAAGAAGCAACUGCUUCCAUAGGCAUCACUUCUAUUGAAAGUCCUGGAGCAGGCACCACUUCUGCUGAAACCAAUGCCCUUUACACCACUUUGGUAGAAUUCACUACAGUGGACACCACUUUAGCAGAAUCCACUUCAUCGGGCAGGAUUUCUGCAAAAUCUACAUUGAGAACUACAUCUGCAGAAUCUACUAUGCUAGGCACAACCUCUGCUGCAACAACUGUCUUGCGUGGCACCACAUUUGUAAAAACUACUGAUUUCCUCGGCACCGCUUCUGUAGAAUCUACUACCGUCAGCACUACCCCUGAAGAAGCAACUGCUUCCAUAGGCAUCACUUCUAUUGAAAGUCCUGGAGCAGGCACCACUUCUGCUGAAACCAAUGCCCUUUACACCACUUUGGUAGAAUUCACUACAGUGGACACCACUUUAGCAGAAUCCACUUCAUCGGGCAGGAUUUCUGCAAAAUCUACAUUGAGAACUACAUCUGCAGAAUCUACUAUGCUAGGCACAACCUCUGCUGCAACAACUGUCUUGCGUGGCACCACAUUUGUAAAAACUACUGAUUUCCUCGGCACCGCUUCUGUAGAAUCUACUACCGUCAGCACUACCCCUGAAGAAGCAACUGCUUCCAUAGGCAUCACUUCUAUUGAAAGUCCUGGAGCAGGCACCACUUCUGCUGAAACCAAUGCCCUUUACACCACUUUGGUAGAAUUCACUACAGUGGACACCACUUUAGCAGAAUCCACUUCAUCGGGCAGGAUUUCUGCAAAAUCUACAUUGAGAACUACAUCUGCAGAAUCUACUAUGCUAGGCACAACCUCUGCUGCAACAACUGUCUUGCGUGGCACCACAUUUGUAAAAACUACUGAUUUCCUCGGCACCGCUUCUGUAGAAUCUACUACCGUCAGCACUACCCCUGAAGAAGCAACUGCUUCCAUAGGCAUCACUUCUAUUGAAAGUCCUGGAGCAGGCACCACUUCUGCUGAAACCAAUGCCCUUUACACCACUUUGGUAGAAUUCACUACAGUGGACACCACUUUAGCAGAAUCCACUUCAUCGGGCAGGAUUUCUGCAAAAUCUACAUUGAGAACUACAUCUGCAGAAUCUACUAUGCUAGGCACAACCUCUGCUGCAACAACUGUCUUGCGUGGCACCACAUUUGUAAAAACUACUGAUUUCCUCGGCACCGCUUCUGUAGAAUCUACUACCGUCAGCACUACCCCUGAAGAAGCAACUGCUUCCAUAGGCAUCACUUCUAUUGAAAGUCCUGGAGCAGGCACCACUUCUGCUGAAACCAAUGCCCUUUACACCACUUUGGUAGAAUUCACUACAGUGGACACCACUUUAGCAGAAUCCACUUCAUCGGGCAGGAUUUCUGCAAAAUCUACAUUGAGAACUACAUCUGCAGAAUCUACUAUGCUAGGCACAACCUCUGCUGCAACAACUGUCUUGCGUGGCACCACAUUUGUAAAAACUACUGAUUUCCUCGGCACCGCUUCUGUAGAAUCUACUACCGUCAGCACUACCCCUGAAGAAGCAACUGCUUCCAUAGGCAUCACUUCUAUUGAAAGUCCUGGAGCAGGCACCACUUCUGCUGAAACCAAUGCCCUUUACACCACUUUGGUAGAAUUCACUACAGUGGACACCACUUUAGCAGAAUCCACUUCAUCGGGCAGGAUUUCUGCAAAAUCUACAUUGAGAACUACAUCUGCAGAAUCUACUAUGCUAGGCACAACCUCUGCUGCAACAACUGUCUUGCGUGGCACCACAUUUGUAAAAACUACUGAUUUCCUCGGCACCGCUUCUGUAGAAUCUACUACCGUCAGCACUACCCCUGAAGAAGCAACUGCUUCCAUAGGCAUCACUUCUAUUGAAAGUCCUGGAGCAGGCACCACUUCUGCUGAAACCAAUGCCCUUUACACCACUUUGGUAGAAUUCACUACAGUGGACACCACUUUAGCAGAAUCCACUUCAUCGGGCAGGAUUUCUGCAAAAUCUACAUUGAGAACUACAUCUGCAGAAUCUACUAUGCUAGGCACAACCUCUGCUGCAACAACUGUCUUGCGUGGCACCACAUUUGUAAAAACUACUGAUUUCCUCGGCACCGCUUCUGUAGAAUCUACUACCGUCAGCACUACCCCUGAAGAAGCAACUGCUUCCAUAGGCAUCACUUCUAUUGAAAGUCCUGGAGCAGGCACCACUUCUGCUGAAACCAAUGCCCUUUACACCACUUUGGUAGAAUUCACUACAGUGGACAGCACUUUAGCAGAAUCAACUUCAUCAGGCACUAUUUCUCCCAAAGCUACCUUUGGAGCAACUUCUGCAGAAUCUACUAUGUCAGGCAUUACCUCUGCUGCAACAACUACCCUGUAUACAACUUCAGUAGAAAUUACCACUCCAGCCACCACUUCUGUACAAUCUACUAUUCAUGGCACCACCCUUUCUGAAACUACUGCUUCUCCAGCCAACACUUCAGUAGAAACUACUACAGUUAGCAGCACUUUAGCAGAAUCAACUUCAUCAGACACUAUUUCUCCCAAAGCUACCUUUGGAGCAACUUCUGCAGAAUCUAGUACGUCAGGCAGUUUCUCUGCUGCAACAACUGCCCCAUACACCACUUUAGCAGAAAUUACCACUCCAGUCACCACUUCUGUACAAUCUACUAUACAUGGCACCACCCUUUCUGAAACAACUGCUUCUCCAGCCACCACUUCAGUAGAAACUACUACAGUUGGCAGCACUUUAGCAGAGUCAACUUCAUCAGGCACUAUUUUUGCCGAAACGACAUUUGGAGCAAUUUUCACAGAAUCAA